AUGGGGUACCACACUGCCAGCUUGUGGGUGCUAUGGUUGGCUUUGGGCCUCUCUGAUGCUAUAGAUGUGAGAACAGGUCGAAUCCGUAAUCAUGGUCACUACGUCUGCAGUACCUGGGGAAACCAUCAUUUCAAAACCUUUGAUGGGGAUUUCUACCAGUUUCCUGGCAGCUGUAGCUACAAUUUGGCCUCAGACUGUGGAGAGUCCUAUCAGGAGUUCUCUGUCCACGUCCACCGGUCCAUGGUCAGUGGUCACCCCCAUAUAGACAAGAUCACCGUCGCAAUCAAAGAUGUCAUCAUUCAGCUGAAAAGUAGCAUCGUGAUAGUGAAUGGAGCCAUAGCUAAGACACCUUACUACAGCUUUGGAAUCCUGAUUCAUAAAAACGAUGCUUAUUUUAAGUUGUACACAAAGACGGGCUUGACCCUCAUGUGGAAUAAAGAAGAUGCUGUCAUGCUGGAACUGGAUCCAAAGUUUAAUAACCGUACCUGCGGUCUGUGUGGUGAUUACAAUGGUGUCCCUCUUUAUAAUGAAUUUGUAUCUGGGAGUAUUAUACUGAACCCAAUACAAUUUGGAAAUUUGCAAAACAUUCAUGACCCAAAUGAUGAGUGCACAGACAAAGACGAGACUCAGAAAACAGACACAGCGCAAUGUUCCCAAUUCCGCUCUGUGUGUGAACAGCACCUGAGGCAUGAGGCAUUCUCAGACUGUGAAAGUCUCCUGAACCUGGAAAACUACAUCCAGGCCUGCAUGCUGGACAUGUGCUCCUGUGAUCACUCUCAAGACUCCUUCUGCUUGUGUAGCACCAUCACUGAGUAUUCCCGACAAUGCUCUCACGCUGGAGGACGUCCGGGAAACUGGAGAACUGAUAACUUCUGUCCUAAACAAUGUCCUGCAAAUAUGAUUUAUCAAGAAAGUGCCUCGCCUUGCAAGAACUCGUGCUCCCACCUAGAAAUACACAGCUUGUGUGAGGAGCAUUACAUGGAUGGCUGCUUCUGUCCUGAAGGCACUGUACAGGAUGAUUAUACCAACAGGGGCUGUGUACCGGUCAGCCAGUGUCACUGCAAGCAUCGAGAUACUUUAUAUGCGCCCGGAGAAACCAUGGAAAACGACUGCGAUGAAUGCCACUGUGUAGCAGGAAAAUGGAGUUGUACAGAUCGGUCCUGCCCAGGAGUUUGCGCCAUUGAAGGUGGAGCACAUUUCACCACUUUUGAUAAGAAGGCCUACACUUUUCAUGGGAACUGUUACUAUGUGUUAUCUAAGGGCAAUUCAAAUGAAUCACAUGUAAUAUUAGGUGAAUUGACACCCUGUAGUUCUUCCGAGAGAGAAACCUGUCUUAAAUCUGUUGUAUUCCUGACAGACAACAAGAACAAUGUUGUGAUCAUCAAAGCAGAUGGCACAGUGCUAUUCAAUGAGCUUAAAAUAACCUUGCCUCAUCUAACAGCCAGUUUUUCAGUCCUGCAGCCGUUUGAAAACUAUAUCAUUCUUCAAGCUAUAAAUGGCCUCAAAAUGCAGAUUCAGCUGUCUCCGACAAUGCAGUUAUACCUUACAAUGGAGAAAUUCGCCAAAGGACAACUGCAAGGUCUUUGUGGAGACUUUAACUCUAAGGAAGGAGAUGACUUUAAAACAUCUGGAGGUCUUGUGGAAGCCACAGCAUCAGCCUUUGUCAACACGUGGAAGGCCCAGGCCAGUUGCCAUGACAUAUCUGACUGGUUGGAGGAUCCGUGCAGCCUCAGCAUUGAGAACAAAAAUUACGCAGAAUAUUGGUGCUCUAACUUGGAAAGGGAUGAGUCUGCUUUUGCCAAGUGUCAUUCCACAAUAGAUCCUACUGAAUAUGUAAAGAGAUGUCGCUAUGACUCAUGUAACUGUAAGGACAGUGAGCACUGUAUGUGUGCAGCUCUCUCCUCCUACGUCAGAGCCUGUGCAGCGAAAGGGAUCAUUCUCUGGGGAUGGAAGAAAGGGAUCUGUGACAAGGACAUUCAUUCUUGUCCCUCUACCCAAGUUUAUCUGUACAACUUGACUACGUGCCAACCGACCUGCCAAUCCCUGGCAGAGGGCGAGAAGUCUUGUCACACUGUCUUUACACCAGUAGAUGGCUGUGGGUGUCCAGACGGACAGUAUUUGAAUGAGAAGGACCAUUGUGUAGAUGUAUCUAAAUGUUCCUGCUAUUACCAAGGCACAUAUGUUCAGCCAUUAGAUGUUAUCUACAAGCACGAUGAGCGCUGCUCCUGCCAUCAUGGGAAACUUCUCUGCACCACACAAGUCAAUGAAACUUGUCCUGCUGGAAAAGUCUACUUUGACUGUAACAAGGCCUACUCAGGGGUUUCACGAUCUACAGUACAUAGAAGCUGCAAGACUCUGGGAGUUGAAUACUUCCAGACAGAGUGCAUCUCAGGAUGUGUUUGCCCCAAUGGACUUCUAGAUGAUGGAGCUGGAGGCUGCGUCCCUGAAGACAGGUGUCCUUGUGUCCAUAAUGAAGACAUUUAUCCCCAUGGAUCCAAAGUGAAAGUAGACUGCAAUACAUGCUCAUGUCAGAGAGGAAGAUGGACGUGUACUAAUGCUAUCUGCUAUGGAACAUGUAUAAUCUAUGGAAAUGGUCAUUAUAUCACAUUUGACGACAAAUUUUAUGACUUCGAUGGAAACUGUGAAUUUGUUGCUGCCCAGGAUUACUGUGGCCCUAACCAUUCUGCAGGCAACUUCAGCAUCAUCAUAGAGAACAUCCCAUGUGGCACCACCGGCGUUACUUGUUCCAAGUCUAUAAAAGUCUUCCUAGGAAAAACUGUACUGAAGUUAGCAGACAAGCACAUAGAGGAAACAACAGGUGAAGGUGUGAAGCGUGUGACAUACCUGACCCGGGAAGUGGGGAUUUACAUGGUCAUUGAAGCAAGCAACGGAAUUCUUUUGAUUUGGGAUAGAAAAACAACUAUUUUCAUUAAGGUGUCACCAGCAUACAAGGGAAAACUUUGUGGCUUAUGUGGAAAUUUCGAUGACAACUCACAAAACGACUUUAAAACCAGUCAUAUGUUACAAGUCACUGAUGUGCUGGAGUUUGGAAACAGCUGGAAGUUGGAUGCCUCCUGUCCUGAGGCAACCGAAAUCAUCAAUCCCUGUAGCCAAAACCCACAUCGCCACUCCUGGUCAGAAAAACAGUGCGGACUUAUCAAAAGCCAAGUAUUCAAAGUCUGUCAUAGCAAGGUUGAUCCAAUACCAUUUUAUGAGGCCUGUGUAAAUGAUGCCUGCUCAUGUGACAGUGGUGGAGACUGUGAAUGCUUCUGUACCGCAGUCGCUGCCUAUGCUCAAGAGUGUACCAAAGCAGAAGCCUGUGUCUACUGGAGAACACCAGACAUAUGCCCCAUAUUUUGUGACUAUUACAAUCCUGAGGAUGAAUGUGAAUGGCAUUAUCACCCAUGCGGCAAUCACGAAAUUCAGACAUGUCGUUCCAUUAAUAACGUCUACACAAAUGUCACCAUUACUUAUCUGGAAGGCUGUUACCCUAGUUGUCCACAGGACCGGCCUAUAUUUGACGAGUCAAACAGAAUAUGCGUAACCAAGGAGGAUUGUGGCUGUUACAUUAACAAUACUCACUAUAACAAGGGUGAUCCUGUGCCUACUACUAAACCUUGUACUUCUUGUGUCUGCACCUUUGAAUCAAAGGUCGAGUGUUUUUACGAUCCAUCAGCAUGUUUCUGUAUGAUCAAUGGGACAAGAUAUGAAGAAGGUGAAAUCAUAUCUGCAGAAGAACAGUCUGGAGUUUGCAUUGAAAGACGAUGUGAAAAUGGGAACGUUACAGUAUAUGUUACAGUCUGUACUACUACAGUACCUACUACCACAUCAAUUACUACUGUUACUACUACUCCUACUGUAUCCACCACAACAGUCACAACUCCUGUGACAACAACAAGCCCUCCAUCUACAACUUGUGUUCUUCAAGAAGUUUGCCUUUGGACCAAAUGGUUUGAUGUCAGCAAGCCAGAAAAUGAUGUUGGUAGCGGUGAUUAUGAAACAUAUGAUGAGAUAAGAAAGCAUCACAAUUUCUGUGACGUCCCAGAGCAAAUUCAAUGCAGAGCAGCAAAUGCGCCCGAUGUCAGCUUAGAUGAAUUGAAUCAGGUUGUAUAUUGCAAUGUAUCAUAUGGACUCAUUUGUAGGAACAGUGAGCAGAGCACAGGGAGCAGCCUUUGGCAAAAGUGCUUCAAUUAUGAGAUCAGCGUAUACUGUUGCAGAGUUGAUUGUGUUCAUUCAACAACGCCAGCUACCACAACACCCACUACCACAACAUCCACUACCACUACUACUACAACGACAACUUCACCAACGACAACUCCACCAACAACUUCACCAACGACAACUCCGCCAUCAACAACUUCACCAACGACAACUCCACCAACAACAACGUCACCUACGACAACUCCACCAACAACGUCACCUACGACAACAACAGUUACUACUACAAUAGGAACAACAACUUCAGUUUAUCCCCCCUGUGACCAAGUUUGCACAUGGUCACCAUGGUUUGAUGUGAGCUAUCCUAAAUAUGAACCCAAUGGAGGAGACUUUGAGACAUACGAGAACAUUAAGAAUGCUGGCUUGGAAAUGUGUAAGGAGGAUAUGAAACCAGAGAACAUUUCCUGCAGAGCAACGAAAUUACCAGAUAUGACACUAGACCAGCUGGGACAGACAUUGACCUGUGAUGUCUCCACUGGCCUAAUCUGUUACAACAAAGAUCAAACAGGGUUCAUGCCUGUGUGCUACAACUAUGAGAUCAGUGUGUACUGCUGCCGACCUGAAUGUACAACUACAACACCAACAACCACCACUACAACUACAACUCCAAGUACAACAACUACAAUCUCAGAGUCUACAACUCCAGAGCCCACAUCAACUUCAACAAAGACCACAACUACUAGCCCCACUACUACCAGUGUGACCACAACUUUGCCAACAACAGUCACCACCACAGAGUGUACAACUGAAGAAACUGAAGAGACAACUCCAACUCCAACACCAACAAAUCCUGGCCCCUGUGAUCCUGAUUGCAAGUGGUCACAAUGGUUUGAUGUGAGUUAUCCUAAAUAUGAACCCAAUGGAGGAGAUUUUGAGACCUAUGAGAACAUAACAAAUGCCGGACAUGAAGUGUGUAAGGAGAAUAUGAGACCAGAGGACAUUUCCUGCAGAGCACAGAAAUUCCCAGAUAUGACACUUGACCAGCUGGGACAGACAUUGACCUGUGAUGUCUCCACUGGCCUAAUCUGUUACAACAAAGAUCAAACAGGGUUCAUGCCUGUGUGCUACAACUAUGAGAUCAGUGUAUACUGCUGCCGACCUUUACCUGAAUAUUGUGAAAGUACAACCUCUAAAACCACUACCACAACUACAACUACUACUCAAAGUACUACUACUAAAAUCACAACUACCACAGAGACAUUAAGUCCUACCACUACAGAGACCACAACAUCUGAAACCACUGCACCAACAACCACAACAACUGAAAGUACAACUCCCACCACUACAGAGACCACAACAUCUGUAACUACAACACCAACAACUACAACAACUGAAAGUACAACUCCUACCACUACAGAGACCACAACAACAUCUGAAACCACAACACCAACACCCACAACAACUGAAAGUACAACUUCCACCACUACAGAGACCACAACAUCUGUAACUACAACACCAACAACCACAACAACUGAAAGUACAACUCCUACCACUACAGAGACCACAACAACAUCUGAAACCACAACACCAACAACCACAACAACUGAAAGUACAACUUCCACCACUACAGAGACCACAACAUCUGUAACUACAACACCAACAACUGAAAGUACAACUCCUACCACUACAGAGACCACAACAACAUCUGAAACCACAACACCAACAACCACAACAACUGAAAGUACAACGACUACAAAGUUCACUACAACUUCAGACUCUGCUUCUAAACACACAGAGUCUACAACUCCAACACCCAGCGUAACUACAACAAAGAGCACAACUACAAGCCCCACUACUACCAGUGUGACCACAACUUUACCAACAACAACUACAACUACAACAAGUACAUCACCAACAACCACCUCUGAGACUACAACUACAACAAGUACAUCACCAACAACCACCUCUGAGACCACAACUACUCCUUUCAUUACAAGUACUCCAGAGCCUCCAACACCAACCAUUACAAAGACCACAACGACUACAUCAGUAACCACAACUUCAACAACUCCUAACUGUGAUCCUGUUUGCAAGUGGUCACAAUGGUUUGAUGUGAGUACUCCUAAAUAUGAACCCAAUGGAGGAGAUUUUGAGACAUAUAAGAACAUUGAGAAUGCUGGAUUUGAAGUGUGUGAGGGUGAUAUGAGACCAGAGAACAUUUCCUGCAGAGCAACGAAAUACCCAGAUAAGCCAUUACACCAGCUGGGACAGAUGGUGACCUGUGAUGUCUCCAUUGGGCUCAUCUGUAACAAUAACGAUCUUAUAGGAUACAAGCCUGUGUGCUACAACUAUGAGAUCAGUGUGUACUGCUGCCAACCUCUACCUGAUUUCUGUACAACUACAACCUAUACAACUACUGCAACAACUACAUCACCAACAACCACCACUUCUGAAUGGACAACUACAUCACCAACAACCACCAACUCUGAGACGACAACUACAUCACCAACAACCACAACUCCAACAACUACAACUACUUCUCCAACAACCACCACCUCUGAGUGGACAACCACAUCACCAACAACCACCACCUCUGAGACUACAACUACAUCACCAACAACCACAAGUACAGCAACUUCAACUACUUCACCAACAACCACUACCUCUGAGUGGACAACUACAUCACCAACAACCACCACCUCUGAGACGACAACUACAUCACCAACAACCACAACUACAGCAACUUCAACUAAUUCACCAACAACCCACAGUUCUGAGUGGACAACUACAUCACCAACAACCACCACCUCUGAGAUUACAACUCCAUCACCAACAACCACCACCUCUGAGUGGACAACUACAUCACCAACAACCACCACCUCUGAGACGACAACUACAUCACCAACAACCACAACUACAUCAACUUCAACUAAUUCACCAACAACCCACAGUUCUGAGUGGACAACUACAUCACCAACAACCACCACCUCUGAGACUACAACUCCAUCACCAACAACCACCACCUCUGAGUGGACAACUACAUCACCAACAACCACCACCUCUGAGACGACAACCACAUCACCAACAACCACAACUACAGCAACUUCAACUAAUUCACCAACAACCCACAGUUCUGAGUGGACAACUACAUCACCAACAACCACCACCUCUGAGACUACAACUCCAUCACCAACAACCACCACCUCUGAGUGGACAACUACAUCACCAACAACCACCACCUCUGAGACGACAACUACAUCACCAACAACCACAACUACAGCAACUUCAACUAAUUCACCAACAACCCACAGCUCUGAGUGGACAACUACAUCACCAACAACCACCACCUCUGAGACUACAACUCCAUCACCAACAACCACCACCUCUGAGUGGACAACUACAUCACCAACAACCACCACCUCUGAAACUACAACUACAUCAUCAACAACCACCACCUCUGAGACGACAACUACAUCACCAGCAACCACCACCUCUGAGACCACAACUACUUCUGUCAUCACGAGUACUCUAGAACCUCCAACACCAACCACUACGACUUGGUUUGAUGUGAGUUAUCCAAAAUAUGAACCCAAUGGAGGAGAUUUUGAGACCUAUAAGAACAUCACAAAUGCUGGAUUAGAAGUGUGUGAGGGUGAUAUGAGACCAGAGGACAUUUCCUGCAGAGCACAGAAAUUCCCAGAUAUGACACUAGACCAGCUGGGACAGACAUUGACCUGUAAUGUCUCCACUGGCCUCAUCUGUUACAACAAAGAUCAAACAGGGUUCAUGCCUGUGUGCUACAACUAUGAGAUCAGUGUGUACUGCUGCCGACCUCUACCUGGUUUCUGUACAUCUCCAACCACCACUACUACAACUACAACCUCAGACUCUGCUUCUAAAAACACAGAGCCUACAACUCCAACCCCCAGUGUGACUACAACAAAGAGCACAACUACAAGCCCCACUACAACUAGUGUGACCACAACUUUACCAACACCAGUCACCACCACAGAUAUAGUUACUUCUAUAACUCCUAACUGUGAUCCUUCCUGCACAUGGUCACCAUGGUUUGAUGUGACUUAUCCUAAAUAUGAACCCAAUGGAGGAGAUUUUGAGACCUAUGAGAACAUCACAAAUGCUGGAUUAGAAGUGUGUAAGGAGAAUAUGAGACCAGAAAACAUUUCCUGCAGAGCACAGAAAUUCCCAGAUAUGACACUUGACCAGCUGGGACAGACAUUGGACUGUGAUGUCUCCACUGGCCUCAUCUGUUACAACAAAGAUCAAACAGGGUUCAUGCCUGUGUGCUACAACUAUGAGAUCAGUGUGUACUGCUGCCGACCUUUACCCGAAGAAUGCUUUACUACAACCUCUAAAACCACUACUACAACUACAUCACCAACAACUACCACCUCUGAGACUACAACUACAUCACCAACAACCACCACCUCUGAAACUACAACUCCAUCACCAACAACCACCACCUCUGAGACUACAACUACAUCACCAACGACCACCACCUCUGAGACUACAACUCCAUCACCAACAACCACCACCUCUGAAACUACAACUCCAUCACCAACAACCACCACCUCUGAGACUACUACUACAUCACCAACGACCACCACCACUGAGACUACAACUACAUCACCAACGACCACCACCUCUGAAACUACAACUCCAUCACCAACAACCACCACCUCUGAGACUACAACUACUUCUGUCAUCACAACAACUCCUAACUGUGAUCCUGUUUGCAAGUGGUCACAAUGGUUUGAUGUGAGUACUCCUAAAUAUGAACCCAAUGGAGGAGAUUAUGAGACUUAUGAGAACAUUGAGAAUGCUGGAUUUGAAGUGUGUGAGGGUGAUAUGAAACCAGAGAACAUUUCCUGCAGAGCAACGAAAUACCCAGAUAAGCCAUUAUACCAGUUGGGACAGAUGGUGACCUGUGAUGUCUCCAUUGGGCUCAUCUGUUACAACAAAGAUCUUAUAGGAUACAAGCCAGUGUGCUACAACUAUGAGAUCAGUGUGUACUGCUGCCGGCCUUUACCUGACUAUUGCCCAACUACACCUUAUACAACUACUUCAACUACAUCACCAACAACAUCUGAGACUACAACUUCUAGAACUCCAUCACCAACGACCACCACCACUGAGACGACAACUACAUCACCAACUACCACCUCUGAGACUACAACUACUUCACCAACAACCACCACCUCUGAGACUACAACUACUUCACCAACAACCUGUGAUCCUGUUUGCAAGUGGUCACAAUGGUUUGAUGUGAGUACUCCUAAAUAUGAACCCAAUGGAGGAGAUUAUGAGACUUAUGAGAACAUUGAGAAUGCUGGAUUUGAAGUGUGUGAGGGUGAUAUGAAACCAGAGAACAUUUCCUGCAGAGCAACGAAAUACCCAGAUAAGCCAUUAUACCAGUUGGGACAGAUGGUGACCUGUGAUGUCUCCAUUGGGCUCAUCUGUUACAACAAAGAUCUUAUAGGAUACAAGCCAGUGUGCUACAACUAUGAGAUCAGUGUGUACUGCUGCCGGCCUUUACCUGACUAUUGCCCAACUACACCUUAUACAACUACUUCAACUACAUCACCAACAACAUCUGAGACUACAACUUCUAGAACUCCAUCACCAACGACCACCACCACUGAGACGACAACUACAUCACCAACUACCACCUCUGAGACUACAACUACUUCACCAACAACCACCACCUCUGAGACUACAACUUCAUCACCAACAACCACCACCUCUGAGACUACAACUACUUCACCAACAACCACAUCACCAACAACCACCACCUCUGAGACUACAACUACUUCACCAACAACCACCACCACUGAGAGUACAACUACUUCUGUCAUCACAAGUACUCCAGAAUCUCCAACAUCAACCACUUCGACUGCUACAACUACAUCAGUGACCGCAUCUUCAACAACUCAUAACUGUGAUCCUGAUUGCAAGUGGUCACAAUGGUUUGAUGUGAGUACUCCUAAAUAUGAACCCAAUGGAGGAGAUUAUGAGACAUAUGAGAACAUCAAGAAUGCUGGAUUUGAAGUGUGUGAGGGUGAUAUGAAACCAGAGAACAUUUCCUGCAGAGCAACAAAAUACCCAGAUAAGCCAUUAUACCAGUUGGGACAGAUGGUGACCUGUGAUGUCUCCAUUGGGCUCAUCUGUAACAACAAAGAUCUUAUAGGAUACAAGCCAGUGUGCUACAACUAUGAGAUCAGUGUGUACUGUUGCCGGCCUUUACCUGACUAUUGCCCAACUACACCUUAUACAACUACUACAACUACAACAACUACAUCACCAACAACCACAUCUGAGACUACAACUUCUAGAACUCCAUCACCAACGACCACCACCACUGAGACGACAACUACAUCACCAACUACCACCUCUGAGACUACAACUUCUAGAACUCCAUCACCAACGACCACCACCACUGAGACGACAACUACAUCACCAACUACCACCUCUGAGACUACAACUACUUCACCAACAACCACCACCUCUGAGACUACAACUUCAUCACCAACAACCACCACCUCUGAGACUACAACUACUUCACCAACCACCACCACCUCUGAGACUACAACUCUUUCACCAACAACCACUACCUCUGAGACUACAACUUCAUCACCAACAACCACCACCUCUGAGACUACAACUACUUCACCAACAACCACCACCACUGAGAGUACAACUACUUCUGUCAUCACAAGUACUCCAGAAUCUCCAACAUCAACCACUUCGACUGCUACAACUACAUCAGUGACCGCAUCUUCAACAACUCAUAACUGUGAUCCUGAUUGCAAGUGGUCACAAUGGUUUGAUGUGAGUACUCCUAAAUAUGAACCCAAUGGAGGAGAUUAUGAGACAUAUGAGAACAUCAAGAAUGCUGGAUUUGAAGUGUGUGAGGGUGAUAUGAAACCAGAGAACAUUUCCUGCAGAGCAACGAAAUACCCAGAUAAGCCAUUAUACCAGUUGGGACAGAUGGUGACCUGUGAUGUCUCCAUUGGGCUCAUCUGUAACAACAAAGAUCUUAUAGGAUACAAGCCAGUGUGCUACAACUAUGAGAUCAGUGUGUACUGCUGCCGGCCUUUACCUGACUAUUGCCCAACUACACCUUAUACAACUACUACAACUACAACAACUACAUCACCAACAACCACAUCUGAGACUACAACUUCUAGAACUACUUCACCAGCGACCACCACCACUGAGACGACAACUACAUCACCAACAACCACUACCUCUGAGACUACAACUACUUCACCAACAACCACCACCUCUGAAACUACAACUUCAUCACCAACAACCACCACCUCUGAGACUACAACUACUUCACCAACAACCACCACCUCUGAGACUACAACUCCAUCACCAACAACCACCACCUCUGAGACUACAACUUCAUCACCAACAACCACCACUUCUGAGACUACAACUUCAUCACAAGUAACCACUACUUCUGAGAUUACAACUAUAUCACCAACAACCACCACUACAACUACUAUAACGACCAGAAUUCCAACGCCCAGUGUAGAAAUCAGAACACCGCCAACACCACCUAGCGAAGGCCAAAACGCAACAACUACGAUUAGUCCAACAACAACCACAAACUUUUCUACUAGUUCUGUUACAACUCCAGAAACCACCACCACUUCUCAGACGACCAUCAUGUCUUCCACACCAUGUGUCUGCUUGUACCAUGGGACACCAUAUCCACCAGAUCAAACAAUAACUACUGGUUUUAUAAAUGAAACUUGUUACGAAGUCAUUUGCACUAAAGAAUGCGAGCUACGAGUUAAUCACUGGAAUUGCAACUCAUCCACAACCACAAGUCCUUCAACACCACCACAAAGCAGCACCACAACACCGGAAAUCAUAACUAGCACUACAACUACCACCAGCACACCAACAGAGACUACUACUACAACGCCCACCACCACAAGUCCUUCAACACCACCACAAAGCAGCACCAUACCACCGGAAAUCAUAACCAACACUACAACUACCACCAGCACACCAACACAGACUACUACUACAACGCCCACCACCACAAGUCCUUCAACACCACCACAAAGCAGCACCAUACCACCGGAAAUCAUAACCAACACUACAACUACCACCAGCACACCAACACAGACUACUACUACAACGCCCACCACCACAAGUCCUUCAACACCACCACAAAGCAGCACCAUACCACCGGAAAUCAUAACCAACACUACAACUACCACCAGCACACCAACACAGACUUCUACUACAACGCCAACCACAACAUCAACAACAAAGUCCACAACUACAACAUCUAUGGUCAUGUCAACAAGUAAAAAACCUGGUUGUCCAUUUGACCCAUAUCGCGAGCAUAAUGAAACCUGGAUGCUGUGUAACUGCACCAUGGCUAGGUGUCUGGAAAACAACACAGUAGAGAUCAUUGAACUCAAGUGUGAACCACCACCUAAGAUCACAUGUGCUAAUGGUCUUCAACCCAUAGCUGUACCAGAUGAAGACCUCUGCUGCUGGCACUGGGAGUGUGAUUGUGUGUGCAAUGGCUGGGGAGACCCCCAUUAUAUCACAUUUGAUGGGACCUAUUAUAGUUUCCAAGGCAACUGCACCUAUACCUUAGUGGAGGAAAUUGAAAAGAAGAUUGACAACUUUGGAGUAUACAUUGAUAACUAUGAUUGCGGAGCACAAGACCGAGUCUCUUGCCCUCGUGAUAUCAUUGUCCAGCAUGAAUCGCAGAUAAUACGCAUUAAAGCAAAAAGCUUGAUACCAAUAAGCUUACAGGUUCUCAUAAAUGAUGAAAUAGUUGGAUUACCUUAUAAGAAAUAUGGAGUUAAAGUGUAUAAAUCUGGCAUUAAUUAUGUUGUGGAAAUACCAGAAUUGGAGACCAAUAUCACAUACAAUGGUUUGUCUUUCUCGGUUAAAUUGCCAUAUAGACUUUUUGGACAUAACACACAAGGGCAGUGCGGUACUUGCACCAACAACAAAACGGAUGACUGCAGGUUGCCUAAUGGUACUAUUAUAUCGAACUGUGAAAUUAUGGCUGAUGCCUGGGUUGUAUCAGAUCCAAGGAAACCAGAAUGUAGUCACUUAAGACCGACAGUACCCCCCAAAGUCACAGUGCGUCCAACCCCCUGCAAACCGUCACCUCUAUGCGACCUCCUUUUGGAAGCACCAUUCAAGGAAUGCCACAAGACCCUGUCACCCAAUGACUUUUACAAAGCUUGCCAGUUUGAUAGCUGCCAUGUUCCAAAUUCCAACAUUGAAUGUACCAGUUUGCAACAAUAUGCUUUCAUCUGUGGAGAUCAAGGUGUUUGCGUUGACUGGAGAUCUCGAGCCCCAGAAUGUCCAUUAUCUUGCCCAUCAUCCAAAGUCUACAAAGCCUGUGGUCCAGUUUUAUCACAAACAUGUGAAACCACUCCAAAAGAAAAUGCUCAGAUUGCAGCAAAUAAUCGCACUGUUGAAGGAUGUUUCUGCCCACCGGGUACAAUACUCUUUAGUCAAGCAGUGGACAUUUGCGUGGAAACUUGUGGAUGUGUUGGAACGGACAACAUACCACGACAAUUUGGGGAACAGUUCCAGCAUAACUGCCAGGACUGCAUUUGCCGAGAAGGUGGUAUUGGAAUCACUUGUCAAGAACAUAAAUGUAAAGAAAUGAAUCAAGUGACCUGUAAUCUGGAAGGUUUCUAUCCAGAGAUCCAGAUCAGUCCCACUGAUAGCUGCUGUAAUGAGACCGUGUGCAAAUGUGACACUAAAUUAUGCUCAACGAAAUCCCCCAACUGUAAGCUUGGCUAUGAAGUGGUUGGAAGCAUUCCAGAUGGACAUUGCUGUCCUGUCUACACAUGCGUUCGUAAGAAUGUCUGUGUGCAUGGAAACGCUGAAUAUUUGCCUGGAGCACCAGUGUUUUCCGACAAAUGCCAGAGCUGUGUGUGUGCAGAGGAUGACCAUAGCCCAACGGGACUAGAGAUAAAAUGCACCCAUGUACCUUGUAACGUAGAGUGCCCGAUCGGCUUUGAGCUGAGACCGAACACAAACGACUGUUGUGGAGUCUGUGAACAAACCCAUUGCGUUAUAAACUAUGGCGGCAGUUACAAACUCAUGAAGCCUGAUACAACUCUAUAUGCUGAAAAUAACAACUGCACCGUGUACAGCUGUGUCGUGUUAAGGAAACAAUUCAUCACAUCCGUCUCAGAAAUCUCAUGCCCUCUUUUUAAUGAGGAUCUAUGUGAACCUGACACCAUUCAGCUUUUACCUAAUGGCUGCUGUAAGAUAUGUAUUGAAAAAACUUCUGGCUGUCACCUGCAAACAAGCUAUGACUAUCUCGUCUACAACAACUGCCGGUCAGAAAAUAGAGUGAGGAUGGCUCGUUGUGAUGGAACAUGUGGAACCUAUUCAUUGUACUCUGCGCAAGCCAAAGCCAUGUCACAUAAAUGUACCUGCUGCCAGGAGGUGCAGACCAGCCAGAAGCACGUCAAGCUCCAAUGUUCUGAUGGCAGUGAGGUAGACCAUGAGUACAUUGAUGUGGAGAAAUGUGACUGCAUGAAUACAGACUGUGGACACGAGAAAACGAGUGCAGAUCAGACUCCUGUCCGUGUGAGACGCUCUGUAAGAAGAAGAGGUCUUAAUUUGCAUUAAGAAGAGCCCAUUUCCAUUUGCAAUGAAGAACGCUAUUAACAACUAAAUAUUUGUCACAUAAUUAAUGUAAUUUUUUUUGUUUUUUUAGCAUGCUG